UACUCGGUAUGGGAGCCCCAAAAGACAGCUCCAGUUUUACAGGGGACACGGGUUCAAGCCCUGGUCCAGGAAGAUCCCACAUGCCGUGGAGCGAUGAAGCCUGUGCGCCAUAACUACUGAACCUGUGCUCUAGAGCCCACGAGCCACAACUACUGAGCCCACGUGCCACAACUACUGAAGCCCGCACGCCUAGAGCCCAUGCUGUGCGACAAGAGAAGCCACGACAAUGAGAAGCCCGCACACCGCAACGAAGAGUAGCCCCCGCUCUCCGAAACUAGAGAGAGCCUGCACGCAACAACGGAGACCCAAUACAGCCAAAAAUAAAAUAAAUUUAAAAAAAAAAUAGUGGGUCAUGGGAGAGUCCAGAGAGUUGGUGGCGUUCCGAGGAGGGAGGGGUCACAGCCAGCUGAGAGUCAGGGAAGGCUUCAUAGAGCUUUUGGGCUGGACCUUGAAGACUGGACAGAAUUCAACAGAACCAGGAAGAACAUUCCAGUAGAUGCGACAGCCUGAGCACAGCUCAGAGAGGCGCCCUGAGGACAGGAAGUAGCGGUCACACCAUCUGGGCCAUCAGGGACAGGACAGGAUGGAGAGUAAACAGAGGCCAGACUGUAGAGGCAGCUGGGAGUCUGAGGAGAGAGGGCCAGGAAUGCCAAGCAGAGGAGCCUGGACUGCAUUCAGUGGGCACUGGGGAGCCAUCGAAGGUGUUAGAGCAGGGCAGGGGGCAGGGCUCUGCUGCAGGAAGGAAGCCGGGUAGCAGGAAGUGAGACGGGGGAUGGAGAGGCUGGACGAGGAGGCAGGAGAGAUGGAGAAGGGCUGAACCACAGGAGCCACAGGAAGAGAGUGAAGGGUACCAGGAGCCACGUCCAUGGAGCUUGGUGUCUGAGGUGCAGGCGCUGAGAGGGACAAUGUGAUGAGAGGAGAACGGUGCCCCGGGGGAAGGAGAUGAGCCUCCUUCCAAGCACGUCAGGCUGAUGACCGCCACCCAGCAAUGAGGCCCACUACGGCCACUUCCAGCCAGUGGGUGGCACGUGACAUGGAACCUGACAGUGAGCUUCAGGCUUUAAGAAAAACCAUCCCAGGGAAUUCCCUGGUGGUCCCGUGGUUAGGACUUUGUGCUUCCACUUCAGGAGGCAUAGGUUCGAUCCCUGGUCGGGGAACUAAGACCCUGCAAGGUGUGUGGUGCAGCCAAAAUAAAUAAUUUUUUAAAAAAAGAAAAGAAAAACCAUCCCAAGUCCAUCACGAAGGCCUUUCCAGAUCAUCACCCACCGCCAGUUACCUCCGGUUCCAUGCCCUCCCCCCGCCUCCCAUUUCUUUCUACUCCGGAUCUGGUGAAGUGAUCCCCCCACCCCUUGUAGCCAUCCCCGUUAGCAGGUUUGUCAUGGGGUAAUCAGCUCAGAAUCCCACAGGCACCGGCACGAUUUCUCAGCUAGAGGAUAAUGUCAUGCUGAGACUUCGGGGGGAUCCUAGUAUGACAUGAAGGGCCCCUGCGGUCAUGAACCCGGAACGGGGGCUCAGCAUAACAUCACCCCAGGGCUCAGCCUCAAAGCGUUUUUCAAGCCUCAGGUCAGGGCUGUGAGGAAGGGUCUUCAUGCCCCCGCCUGGAGAGAGAAGCAGUGUGGUGUCCAAAUAGCAAACUGCAGGAACCUUCCAGCCAUUUAUAGGUCCUGGCAGUGUAGGACGUACAAUCUGGGGCACGUCCUGGUGGAAGGGAGGGGGGGCGUACGUCUGCGUGUGCUGAGGGUGCGUCUUGCCAGACCUCAACCCCUUCACUGUGGGCGGUGGUCACGUGCCGUGGGGCCCCGGGCUCCCCUGCUUGCAGUCAGUUAAGAACAAGGUGGGACAGCAGCCGCAAGCCUGGGUCCCGCGUCCUCAAAUACCGGAAAGCACAGCCUGCGUCUCUCCACCUGCGGUUCCCAGGGUCAGGUCUCGAGGCGGGGGGUGUGCGCCCGAGGGGAUGGCAGGACCCCAGCCGGCGCCCCCUCCCAGCCAGCACGCAGGACGCUGCCUUGCCCGGCUGCACCGCGGAACCGCACUUCCCAGGCUUUUAGGGGAAGAGGCACGCUCGUGAAUAAUUCAGCCUCUUUCACUGAGAUGCAGACGCCCUAAUAGGACUAAUGGACUCGCUGCCUCCAAACCCGACCCUUGUGGGACUUAUUCACCAAUUGCUUCUGACGUUCUGCAGUGACACUCCCUAAUGAAAGAGCUGCUGCACCAGCUCCUUAAACGUCUUGUGAACCCUAAUAAACUAGACUGUGUCCCUUUUAACCAGCAGACGCCAGCGAGGCAGCGGCAGCUCCUGGGCCGGGUGGGACCAUGUUGUCCAUGACGUACAGCGAGAGCCUGAGGAGUGUGGCCGGCAGGUGUCACUCAGACUGGGCCCUGCACCCCGUCCGCCAGGCCAGCACGCUGGAGCUGCACCAGCUGCGGGAAGUGCGGGCAGCAGCCCAGGCCAGGAACAUGGAGAGCUUCCUGCGCAUGCACGGCCUCUCCCUGGACAGCUGCACCGCCCGGUGCACCGGCAUGAAGUACCGGAACCUGGGCAAGUCGGGCCUCCGGGUCUCCUGCCUGGGGCUUGGAACAUGGGUGACCUUCGGAGGCCAGAUCACGGACGAGAUGGCAGAGCAGCUAAUGACCUUGGCCUACGACAAUGGCAUCAACCUCUUCGAUACCGCAGAAGUCUACGCGGCGGGCAAGGCUGAAGUGGUGUUAGGAAACAUCAUCAAGAAGAAGGGAUGGAGACGAUCCAGCCUCGUCAUCACCACCAAGAUCUUCUGGGGAGGAAAAGCCGAGACGGAGAGGGGCCUUUCCAGGAAGCACAUAAUAGAAGGUCUGAAAGCCUCCCUGGAGCGGCUGCAGUUGGAGUAUGUGGACGUGGUGUUUGCCAACCGCCCAGACCCCAACACGCCCAUGGAAGGGGAUCCAUUUAGUUCCUCCAAGUCAAGGACAUUCAUCAUAGAAGAGACGGUGCGUGCCAUGACCCACGUCAUUAACCAGGGGAUGGCCAUGUACUGGGGCACAUCGCGCUGGAGCUCCAUGGAGAUCAUGGAGGCCUACUCCGUUGCCCGGCAGUUCAACUUGAUCCCGCCCAUCUGCGAGCAGGCCGAGUACCACAUGUUCCAACGCGAAAAGGUGGAGGUGCAGCUUCCCGAGCUCUUCCACAAGAUAGGAGUGGGCGCCAUGACCUGGUCCCCUCUGGCCUGUGGUAUCGUGUCCGGAAAGUACGACAGUGGCAUCCCGCCCUACUCGAGAGCCUCUUUGAAGGGCUACCAGUGGCUGAAAGACAAGAUCCUGAGUGAGGAGGGCCGGCGCCAGCAGGCCAAGCUGAAGGAGCUGCAGGCCAUCGCCGAGCGCCUGGGCUGCACCCUCCCCCAGCUGGCCAUAGCCUGGUGCCUGAGGAACGAGGGGGUCAGCUCCGUGCUCCUGGGUGCUUCCAGCGCAGAUCAGCUGAUGGAGAAUAUUGGAGCAAUACAGGUCCUUCCAAAACUGUCGUCUUCCAUUAUCCACGAGAUCGAUAGCAUUUUGGGCAAUAAACCCUACAGCAAAAAGGACUACAGAUCCUAAGAAGCCCCCGGCCGUUUGCCUGGACGGUUUCCGUUUCCCUCCUAGCCUCUCUGUUAGCUCGCUUAAGCUAUUUGAAGCCAAGUCAAGAGUGUGGUUUGCUUCAAAAACAAAACAACGCAGCAAGAUGUCGCCGGGAAGAGACCGCGGAAGUCGCUGCCACACACCACCCGCUGCUUCGCAGGACCGCUGUCGGGUUCGUGUCGGGGAGUCGGCAUUGAUUCGAAGGCACUCGUGCGGUCCCACCCAAGCCUGCCGUCUCUGCUCCUCCUCCAGGAAACCACCAUGUUUUCGCCCAGCCACGGGCCGUCUCAGAGACUCAAGUCCAGGCCAAGCCAAGACCAGCUGGGGCCUGGGGGCGGGCAGAGCCGGCCUCUCCUCUGCCGAGAACCCCACCCGGCAUUGGGGAAGGGAAGAGGAAGCCGGGUCUGCCUCUUCCUGUGGCCCCUCGGCGGGGCCCUGGUCAGGGCAGGCCUCCCUCUGGGGUCUCCCUCAUUCCCCCUCUUGCCAAGGGCUCCGGGUACUUUCCUCGGGCCUGACCCCGGAUUCUUCCCCCAGCCCCUUCUCCCAACCACCCGCCCCAGUGUGUCUCCGAGGGGCCUUCCGAGCUGCCCCUUGACCACCCCCAACCCCCGCCACCUUGCUGGCAGGGGCAGGGAUCCAGGGAGAUUCGCCCUGCAGUUUGGGACGCACAAAAAGUUGGGGGGCUCUGAUUUCAAGCUCCUCGCCCCGCUGGCUUCCUCCCCGCAAACAAUUGAUGAGCCCCAGUGCCUGGGCUCCAGUCCAGGUCCCUCCAGGGCCCCACCUGCCCUCCCUCCCUGCCAGGUGCCCAGUCCUCCGCCCCUCUGUCCUCGCCCCAGAAGGCCCCGAGGUCACACGUGCUCAGCUGGACUGGCUGCUGACCACACACCAGGUAGCCAGCCUCUGCUGUGCCGGGGGGUGGUGGCCUUGGGGUCUGCAGAGAGCACGUGCUGGGACCCCUUCAACGAGGGAGAGUCCCUGGGGUUUUCUGUGCUGUGUGCCUGGGGCCUGGGGGCCAGCCAGCAGCAGCCCCCGCGGUCUAGGAAAAGACCCCGGGAGCCUCUCCGUGGAGCGGUGCCCCCUGCGAGGCCGCAGACCAGGUGGGUGGGGUGGGGUGCUCAGAGCUCGUUACCAGGGCAGCAGAGCCGCCCCCAGGACACCUCCACACAGCCCACGAAGACGGAGGGACGGCUGGGGUCGGUCAUUCCUGUCCACACCAGCCCCCCCUCCCCCCAAGCCUGGAACAGACUGGGGACAGGGAGGGAGGGAGGGACAUUCACAAGUGUCAGCCACUUUGUAGCCGGGCCUGGGGCUGCAGGGAUGGAGGCGGGGAGGCGGGCCGGCCGCCAGGAGGCGCAGCCACAUAGUCCUGAGCGGCACCCAGCCUUUGCUGGCCGUGGUGGGUGGGAGUUGGGGGCCAGGCUCUGCAGACGCCCCAGCCCACCGAAUACGGGCCCUCGUGCCCUUGGGCAGACAUAGCCCAUCCUGCUUUGCCCUUCAGAGAGGCCCGUCCCUGCCAUUAUUCUCAGAGGGGCCGCCGUCCAGUCCUGGCUGAGCCAAGGCCUGGGAAACUGGCUUUAAGAAAGCCACAGAAGUGGGGGGAGGGGGGACCUUCUUCCACUCCUGACCUUUGUGCUGGCCCUGGAGUCUGGAACAUUCUCCCUCUUUGUAGACCAGGCCCCUGGGGGUCGUCUUCACCAAGUCCCCUGCACACUUCAGCCUGUGGGUGUGGGGAGGGGACAAGCCUGUCCCAGCAGAAUCCACAGCCACUGCCCACCACCACACGGUGGGAUGUGGCUCUGAGGGCAGGACACUGCAGUGGGGCGGCUUUCAUCCCAGGCCCAUCCAGGCAGGGACCAAGUGCUCUGGGCCAGGCAGUCCCAGCAGCUGGCCGUGCUCAGGGGCCAGGUUACCGGCCGCUCAUUAGCGAGAUGGCUGGGACCUCUCCACACUGCUGUCACCCUGCCCACCCACUGCUGGAAGAGGGACCAGGGCGUGCAGUCGGGGCCCUGCCACCCCCCCACCCCAUGAGCCACACCUAGGAAGGCCGAGCCCGCUGGCUGCAUGUUUCCCAGACGGAGGGAGACGAGGGCCCCCAGGGUUGAGCUCUACCAAGGUCUAAGUGCCCAGCGCAAAGACCCAAGCAGCUUCCCGGCCCUGGGGCACCAUCCACGGCCUGGUUCUGUAUCCCCGCUGCAAGUGGGUGUGGAGGGAUGCCACCCUGCUUCCUGAGGGAGGGUCCCCCGACUUCGGGGGUGCUGGAGUGGGGCCCAAGGGCGGUCAGAGCCUGGAAACAGAAGAGCUGGGCCGAGGCAGGCCCUGGAGGGGCAGCCUGGGCCCCGCCUGGCACGGGUUUCAGACCAGCCAGCCGCACCCUACCUGCUUGAGGGGAAGCCCGCCAAGAGCCCCAGCUGCCAGCCAGCCUCUCACCCUCCCCUUGAAGCAGAGUUUUUGCCCCCAGGGGUCCACCUGGCAGUGCCCCACACGGGAAGAAGGCCCAGUCUGGGUCAGCGCAGGACCAGUCUUCCUUGCCAAUGACACACAGAGCCCCCAGCAUUUUUCACCCUGAAUCUACGGCAAAUUCGAGGUCCCGAGGAUGAGACGGGGGCUUGCUCUGUCUUCUGUUCUCUCCAGUCAUGUAAAUAACGUGCUCCUUUUCUCUCCCUGCCUUUAAUGACCGUGGCUCCUCAGCUAACUGCAUCCCCUACACAGGCAGAGAUGCCAUAUGCCUCGCACUUCCAAGUGACGCUCAGUGGAGACGCAGCGCGUAUUUAUGGAAUGACAGAAUAAAACCCAAGCCCGUCA